CUGUGAAUGGCUGUGAAUAGGCUGAGCUGUGCCUGAUCAUUAUUACUAAGGGAUGACCCGUGUGUGACUGAGACCCGGGGACAGACAAUUGCCUUGCAGUGGGGGAAGAGGGCUCCUCCAUGUUGUGACUACAGUCGUGUAUGGACUUCGGAAAGCAACUGUGCUGCAAGAACACGUUUUGCCUCUUACUUCCCGGAAUGACUGACUUGUAGCCUUGUGUCAGGAUAAGAACUGUUUAAAGGACUUUGCCGAAAAAAUAAAUAAAUGGAGGUGGAAGCUACUGAAGUGGACGAAUUGAGGCAAAGAAAGAAAACUACCAUUGACGAAAAGAAAAAUGAGACUGCAACAAAAGAAAAACCCCAAAAUAACAAAAAGCUUGCAAAGUCUUCCAAGUGUGGUGCUCUCCAGAAGUUUGUUGAGGUGUUCGUUGGCUGCAUGGCGGCGGUCCUCAGUGGUAUGAUUUACGCCAUCUACCUAUCUUCAUAUCAUGAGCGAAAAUUCUGGUUUUCAAGUCGGAGGGAUAUGGAACGAGAAAUCACCUUUCAGGGGGAGGGUGCUGUUUAUUAUUCUUUUUAUAAAGACAUGCUGCGGGCGCCAUCCUUCGAAAGAGGUGUAUUUGAGUUGGCCUACAACAACAGAACCGUUCCACUGAAGACCAUAAAUGCUGUACAGCAAAUGACUCUGUACCCAGAGCUGAUCGCCAGUGCCCUGUAUCAGAUGUCUGGCAGCCAGGGUGUUGUUGAUCCAGUGUAUUUCUAUAUUGGGAUCCUGUUUGGCUUGCAAGGAAUAUAUGUGAGUGCGUUGUUUGUGACGAGCUGGAUAAUGAGCAGGAGUUGGCUUGCAGGCAUGCUGACCGUGGGAUGGUUUAUCAUUAACAGGACAGAUACCACCCGUAUGGAGCACUCAAUUCCCCUUCGUGAAAACUGGGCACUGCCAUAUUUCGCUUGUCAAGUUGCUGCUCUCACAGGCUAUUUAAAGAACAACAUUAACUCUUCUGUGGAGAGGCUCUGCUAUUUGCUGAUGAGCGCGUCUACAUAUACUUUCAUUAUGAUGUGGGAAUAUAGCCAUUACCUGCUCUUCAUACAGGCUUUGACCCUUAACCUUCUAGAUGGCUUCUCUCUGAUCCAGAAAGAAAAGGUCCAUGAAAUAAACAAAAUGUAUGUGUUCGCUGUGUUUUUGGGAUACCUGCUUCAGUUUGAGAAUACAGACCUAUUGACCUCCCCAUUGCUGAGCCUUGUAGUCGGUUCAAUGGCAGCCAAGAGCUUACAGAUCACUGUAAAAAGGGGCACGUUCCGGGCAAAAGUGAUGAAAGUAAUGUAUUUUUACUUGGCGGUUACCCUUGCUGUAUCACUGCAUUUUUUAAUAAGGACUGUAAUUCCUCACAAAGAAAACCGUCAGCUACUGAAAUUCCUAGAAGUAAAAUUUGGACUGAACAUGACCAAGAACUUCACAGUGAAUUGGCUUCUCUGUCAAGGAUCCUUCCAGCCUGCAUCUCAGGACUAUAUAUUGCGCCUUACACAGUCCUCGCUGCUGCCUUUCUAUGUCCUGGUGUUAAUAGUCUGUGUCUUGUCAAUAUUGCAAUGUGCUCUAAGAAAGUUUAGUGGGGUCCCAGUAAGCACUAACCUGAAGCUGGCGGAUGGUCGGAUUGGAGACAGGCCUGAAGUUAUCUACCAUGUGGUCCAGACACUCCUGCUUGGCUCACUUGCCAUGCACUUUGAAGGCAUGAAGUACCUGUGGACUCCCUACGUGUGCAUGUUUGCUGCAUUUGGAGUAUGUUCGGCUGAAGUUUGGACAACUGUUUUCAAUUGGAUCAGACUAAAAGCUGUGCACCCAGUUCUCUUGGCUCUCAUUUUAAGCACUGCAGUACCCUUGGUGAUUGGUUUCAGCUUAUGGAGAGAGUUUAUACCCAGGAUAGUUGAUGAGCUGUCGGAGAUGGACGAGCACUAUGAUUCAGACACUGUCGAGCUUAUGAACUGGAUAAAAGACCAAGCUCCCCUCUCAGCGGUUUUUGCUGCAAGCCCGCAACUAAUGGGUGCAAUCAAACUGUGCACUGGUUGGAUGGUGACCAGUCUGCCAGUUUAUAACGAUGAAGACCUCUUGCGGAGAAAUGAAAAUAUCUAUCAAAUUUAUAGCAUGAGGUCCGCUGAAGACAUCUACAAGAUACUUACCUCUUACAAGGCCAGCUAUGUCAUAAUUGAAGAUUCAAUCUGUAACGAUAUGGUUGGAAUGAAAGGCUGCCGGGUGAAAGAUUUACUGGAUAUCGCUAACGAUCAUAUGGUUAACUACGACGGGGACUUUUACGCUUCCUCAAAAUAUGGACGAUUUUGCCAUGAAAUCAAAUUGAAUUAUUCUCCAUAUGUGAACUAUUUCACCAAAAUGUUUUGGAACAGAUCCUACUUUGUAUAUAAAAUCAACACACUCAUUUCUUUCCAGUACUGAAAAUCACAAACUACACUUUCCUGUCCCUUCCUGAUUCUCUCCCCAUUGAACUAUCCACGUGGCCGGUACAGCGUGAAUUUUUUUUUUUUUUUUAAUAUCAAUCCUUUUAUGUGACUCAUGAGAAAAAGUGUGCUGAUUAUUUCUUGCACAAAUGCAACUUUUUUUUUUUUUUUUUUAAGUGUGUGCUCUGUGGAACGGACACUGGUGCUUCAAGCAAAGACUACGAGCCCAAAAAUUAACCCCAUUCACUGCCAAGUCAUUUGUAAAAGAAAUGGCCAUCAAAACCAGGGGGGGUUAUAUUGUGUGUUGUGAAAGAACUGUGCACAUUUUAUUUUGAUCUCACAAUGCCUAAAUAGCACAUCAUGUAAUGACAAACUGACAGUAGAUGUUUGAUACUUGUUUAACAGCCCGUGGGGGGAAAAAUGAAAUGAGGUGCAAAUAAUUGGAGUUUAGACAAUCGUAACCGUUUUUAAAUAUUUAACACUUACAUUGGGUGCCUUUAGUCUGACCUUCAUUUGCAAUAUUUGUAAAGUGAAAGUUCCCACUCUCAGCUGAUGAAUUAAUUGCAAAAACGAGCAGUAUUGACAUCAUUAAUGCGAAAGUUGGAAUUUGCAGAUAACGUAUCUCAGUAGACAAGGCGAUUAUUUAAGGAGAGGCCAGGCAUGAGGCACCAAAUAAGUGUCAAACCGUUUAAACAAUUUGACUAUUUAGUAUCUGCCGGCGCUAGGGAGUUACUGGUAGCAUAACCACUAUAGUGGGAUGUAGUGGUUAUGGUGCUUAGACUCACCCUUUAAAUGGUGACACAGGUAUUCAAGUGUUUGGACUGGAGUGUGGAUCCAUACCUAUAGCAAGUUAUGGGUAUUGAGAAAUGAAUGUCACAUAAAAAGUAAAUCUAUUGUAAUGAAUGACAUGACUUGGGGUAGUAUGAGAUUUGUCUAAAUAUUUGAAUAUGUAAACCAAAAACCUAGGCAUUUUUUUUAUUUUUUCCA